AUGGAGUUAGACAAUGAUUCUCCACUGUCACAAAUAGAUGAAGGCUUGGGCAUCUACAAGGCACUGUGGUCUUUCGAGGCUCAGUCGGAAGGAGAGAUGUCUUUCAUGGAAAAGGAUUUGUUCAGAGUUAGACAGCAGGUGGGGGAUUGGUGGAAAGCAGAGAAGCUCAUUGAUGGAGCGGUCGUGGCCAGUGGCUACGUGCCAUACAACUACCUUGUCCAAGGAGACACCUCAGAUAUUCAGCCGUGGUAUUUUGGGAAACUAAGUCGGCAAGAGACCCAGGCCCUGUUACUCAGAGCUGAGAACCCUGAUGGGGCAUUCUUGGUGCGGCGCAGCGAGAAGGAAGAAGUGGGAUAUGUCUUAUCAGUGAAGUUUGAUGGUAAGGCAAAGCAUUUCAAGAUUUACCAAGAGGGGAAGUUCUAUGUGGAGACCAAAAAGAAAUUCCCGACAAUGGAGGCCUUGGUGACGUAUUACAAAAGCCAUGAGAUGCCCACACUCUGCAAGCUUACGAAGCCCUGCACACGGAGGAAGCCAGAGCAAAAGACUCUGUCCAAAAGCACAGCAGACGAGUGGGAAGUUCCUAAGAGUGAGUUUGAAAUCAGGCAGCGGCUGGGAACAGGCAACUUCGCUGAGGUAUUCAUUGGGAAGUGGAAGGGCAGGACCAAUGUGGCCAUCAAGGUGCUUAAAAAAGAUGUGUAUGAAGAUAUGCUGGACCACCAUGAGUUCCAGCAAGAGAUCCAGAUGUUGAAGAAGCUGAGGCACCGUCACCUCAUCUCUCUCUUCGCCAUCUGCACAGACUCCUUGCCAUACUACAUCAUCACCGAACUCAUGGACAAGGGAAACCUGCUCUCUGUUUUGAGAGGUCCAGAGGGGAAGACUAUGGAUAUGGACUGCCUUACAGAUAUAGCCUACCAGGUAGCUGACGGCAUGGCCUAUCUGGAGUCUGAAAGCAUCGUCCACCGGGACCUGGCGGCCCGCAAUGUGCUGGUGGGAGACGACAACCUCUGCAAAGUGGCAGACUUUGGCCUGGCUCGAGUCCUCAAGGACCCGUUUUAUAUUUCGGACGACAAGACGAAGCCAUUCAAGUGGUGUGCUCCCGAGGCCCUCAGCCACGGCAUGUUCUCUAGCAAGUCAGAUGUCUGGUCAUUUGGCAUUCUUCUCUAUGAAAUCUUCACCUAUGGAGGAACACCAUACCCAAGUGUUGGAAAUAGUGAGCUAUUUGAUUAUAUCAGCAAUGGGUAUCGUAUGCCAAAGCCACCUAAAUGUCCUGGAAACAUUUACAACAUCAUGAAGAAGUGUUGGAGUGACUCACCAGAGGACCGACCCAACUUUGAGGAGCUCAAAACCCUUUUGCAAACUGAGGAUGAGUGAGGAGCAAAGAGCUGUGUUUACAUCUUAUUC